AUGCACUCCAAACGCUGGCAUAAAGGCUACGCCAUGCCGCCCUCGACCACACAGGCCCGCAGGGACGAACCCUUGUAUUUUUAUGGAGAUUCGCGACAUCCUCACUAUGAGUUCUCCAAUUUCUCUCCACACGAUGUCGAGUACCAUGGCCAAAUAUACCCUACAGCCGCCCAUCUCUUCGAAGCGUACAAGUUCUUCACGACGGCUCCAGAGAUCUCGGAGCGUAUUCGGCAGCUGCCCAAGCCACGCGACGCGCUCGCCGAGGCGCUCAAAUCCGAGCUCAAGGACCUUGUCCGCGCCGAUUGGCACGACGUGCGCGUCCGGGUGAUGGAGCGCGUGCUCGAGAUGAAGUUUACGCAGCACCAAGAACUGCGGCAGAUCCUGCUCAGCACGGGCGGACGCGAGCUUGUCAACGACAGUACGGAUGACGUGUUCUGGGGUGCUGGGCAGGACGGAAAGGGUCAUAACGAGCUAGGAAAGGUAUUGAUGCGCCUGCGAGCCAAGCUUCAGUACGGCGAUUGACAUCGCGCGCGGUUUGGGAUCCCUCGACGUUGAUAAUAUGGGCUUUCCUGGAAGCCACUUCGCAUCAUUUUUCGGCGAGCGCGAUGCGCUGCUUUAUACCCGCCACUAUACCCAAUGCAUAUGCAGAAUUUACACGGA